CUGCAAGCUACAUUUCCACACAGCCCAGGGUCUACUUUCUAUUAGAAUGCCCUGAUCGGUAGUUUCGUCCAACUGUACUCCCAGUCACCCAGCAAAUUACCGCUGGGGGCAAACCGUUCAACCAUGCAGUUCGCUCUACCACCUCGGAGGAACCUCAAUGCUCCUCUAUACGGCCGCUCUUCCCGGCUGUCGUUACAGCGCAGGAAACAACUUAAAGCUGUUGCGAUCCUAGGAUUCGCACUGGUGGUGACCUACUUCCUAUUAUCGCAGCUAUUUUAUUCAAGUACAGGAACUCCCGCAGCACCGGCCGGGACGUCAAGUCUUGUCAUCGUGACAGUUCUAGACCGUGCCCGCUGGAGCGCUGAUUACAUUCAGAAGAUCACCAAGAACAGAGAAGAAUACGCCAAGCAACAUGGUUAUACGAAUUUCUUUGCCAACAUAUCCGAUUACGAAACUACACUGGAGAGCGCCCCGCGAAGCUGGGGCGUCGUCCCAGCCGUUCGACAUGCGAUGGCCACCCAUCCGUACUCGAAGAACUUCUUCUACCUCGAUGCGCAUGCGCUGAUCAUGGACCCGAGCAAGUCACUGGAAUCGCACCUCCUCGAAAAGAGUCGUCUAGAUUCGUUGAUGCUCAAGGACGUCCCCGUUGUCCCGCCGGAUAGCAUAAUCAAGACCUUUUCGCAUCUAAAGCCCCAGGAUGUGGACCUCAUUCUCAGCACAGACAGCGAGAGUCUUAGCGCCGGGAGCUUUGUUAUCAAACAGGGCGAGUUUGCGCAGACAUUCCUGGACAUAUGGUUCGAUCCUUUGUAUCGCAACUACAACUUCGCCAAGGCCGAGGCACAUGCGUUGGAUCAUAUUCUCCAGUGGCACCCGACGAUUCUGGCCAGACUAGCCUUGGUUCCUCAGCGAACAAUCAACGCAUACAGCAAGGACUCGUCGGGCGCAGGCGCGGAUGGAAACUAUAAGGACGGUGACUUGGUCAUUCGCUUCUUUGGAUGUGACACAGAUACGAAGCGGAAUUGCGAGAAAGAGAUGGAACCAUAUUACCGUCUAUGGAGCAAAAAACUCAAAAAAGACUGAUUGCCUUGAGCAUUUAUUUUCAUUGAAUGAGGAAUCUGUCACGCUGGACACACGGACUGCUCCAAAAGUUUGUGUCCUGGGUGGAUCCCUGCGAAUAAUCUUAGGUCGGUGUUUUGGAGCUGGAGGCACCUUUUCCAUGUAGAGCGUUUCUCAUUU